AGAAGAGCUCGCAGCCUCGCACGACCGCGGCGACGCCAUCGUGAUCGCCGGCGGACGCGGGAUGCACUGCGACGGCGUGAUGGACUUCGACGGCGAGAAGCGCUCCUCCGCCCCCGCUGGCGGCGCCGGAAGCGUCGGGGGCGGGGAGGGCUACGACUACCUCAGCUCGCUCCCCGACGAGCUGCUCCUGCACAUCCUCCUCCGCCUCCCCGUCGCCGCCGCGGCCCGGACCAGCACCCUCUCCCGCCGCUGGAGGGAGCUCUUCGCCGACAUCCACGUCGUCUUCCUCGCCCUCCCCGCCGCCCGCUCCCGCGCCCGCAUCUGGGGUCACCCUCGCCGCCGCCGCGGCCACCGCCCAUGCAUCUUCCCCAACCCUCCGCGUCGACCCCGUCCCGGGCGACGCGGCUACCUCACCAUCGGCCGCUGACCGCGCGCGACGCCUCUCCGCCGGGCCCUCCUCCGAAUCCGGCGAUCGACGCGCGACGUCCCCACGGCUGACGUACGCGUGAGACAAAUCCUGAAACCCCUUUGUAUUCCGUGGAUGAAAUGCUCCUG